CGACGGCGCCCCCGCCCUACAAAUACACCGACCACCGCCGCCACUUCUCCGAUCCCGAUGCCCCAGCCCCGAAUCCCAAGAACCGCUUCCCAAGCUCCAAGCCUCUGACGUCUGACCCCCGGCAGCGGGCAGGCUUGCCAAACCCCGCCCUAGGGUUUGGGUUCGGGGCCGGAUCGAUCCGGCCAGCCAGGGUUCUCCCAAUGGGGGAUCGGGACGAGGAGGAGGAGCUGCAGAUGGCGCUGCGCAUGAGCCUGCACGGCUCGCCGCCCGCGCAGCCCGACCCCAAGCGCAGCAAGCCCCCGUCUUUGCCCGCCGGGGGGGAGUCGCCGGAGGCCGCCGCGCGACGCAAGCAGCGCGACCUCAUGGCCGCCGCCGCCGAGAAGCGCCUCCGCUCCCUCCCCUCGCCCCAGCCCGCCGCCGCCGUUUCGCCGCCCCCGCCGCCCCCGACCCCGGAGGCCGCCAAGGUGGAGCCGGAACCUGCCGCGGUGCCCAUGGAGGACGUGAAGGAGGCGGAGAUGGCGGUGGAGGUGGAGGUGCAAGGGGACGAGUUGCCCCCGGACGUGGCCGAGAAGCUCUGGGUUAUGGUGUUCGGGAUCGGGGUUUCCAAGGCUGUGCUGGCGCAGUGGACCAACCAGGGUAUCAGGUUUAGCUCUGAUGCAGAAACAACUAUGGGACUGGUACAGCAUGAAGGCGGUCCCUGUGGUGUCUUAGCUACAGUACAGGCAUAUGUCCUUAAAUAUCUUUUGUUUUUCUCUGAUAAUUUGGGUAACCCAGAGGUCAGUGAUCCAUCAUAUGCUUCGGGACAAAGACGUUUUUAUCAGAGUUCUUUUGCUGCAAGGGAUGAUUUCUCUUCUCUAACUGAGGAUGGAAAGACGAGAGCAUUGGUUCAUGCUAUGGUGGAAAUUCUAUUUUUAUGUGGAGCUGGGAAAAAAGCUGCUGUGGCAUUGAUUGGAGGUGUCAAUCGUGGGGUAAGUGGACAUGAUAACACUAAGGAAAUCGAUGCUGCUUUGGAAGGCCUUUCUGUUGAAUCAGCAAUGGAUAUCCAAAAAGUUCUUAGAAUAAGUACUUUUACCUCAAGGAAGGAUGCUUUCCACUUGCUUCUGGCAAACAUUCGUCUGUUUGAAAGUCGACUGGGAGCCAUGCUAUUUCUUAUCUCUUCUCUACUCUCGCGGGGAUUGGAAUGUAUCCAAGCAGACAGGGAUGAUCCAAGCCAACCAUUGGUGACAGCUCCAUUUGGGCACGCUUCUCAGGAAAUUGUGAACUUAUUGCUUUGUGGAGAGGCUGUCCCAAAUGUAUUUGAUGGCAAGAUGGACCUUGGCGGCGGCAUGUCCCUGAAAGGCAUACCGAAUAAUGUUGAAGUUGGUUUCCUCACCCUUCUGGAAUCACUAAAUCUGUGCAAGGUUGGUCAGUACCUAAAAUGCCCGAAAUGGCCUAUAUGGGUGGUUGGAAGUGAAAGUCACUACACUGUCCUUUUUGCCCUAAAUCCCAACGUCCAAGAGGAGAAUGAGCUGGAAGAGCGGGAAUCCAAAAUUAGGAGGGCAUUUGAUGCACAAGAUCAAAGUGGAGGUGGAGGCUUUAUUAGUGUCGAGGGAUUCCAACAAGUUCUCAGGGACACUGACAUAAAUUUUCCUUCUGAUAAGCUUGAGGAUCUAUGUAAUCCGGGCAUUAUAGUAUGGAGUGAAUUCUGGCAGGCACUUCUACAGUUGGAUAAAAGGUCUGGAGGCAUGAAGGAUCCAACUGGCCUGAUGGGCAAGAAGCAAUUCACUAUCUACCACUUCAAUGGAAUUGCCAAGUCUGUGCUGAAUGGGAAUGCAAACAUAGGAGGCUCGACCCCAAUACAAAGACCUAGGAUAUGCAAGUUAAAUGUCAGCGUCCCACCUAGGUGGACUCAGGAUGAGUAUCUAGCUGAUGUUGUAAGCUCUUCGACCAGCGGUAGCAAGGAUGAUAGUGUUCUUUCUCUUGCUCCGCCAUUUCAGACUUGCCAGCAUGCACCAUUAGUAGACUGCAUAAGAACUCGAUGGCCACGAGCAGUUUGCAGCUGGGUUGGAGAUGUGCCAAGUAUUGUCUGAUGCUUGGAGCCUUCUGCCACUCGUUCCAGCCAUGUCACUUGUUCGACUGAUCUUGAAGAUGGCCCUGCUUAGCAUACUACUCGAGCUCCCAGAGUGUUGACUGUGCCAUGCAAAAUUUUGGAAGGCGCUGCUGGUGUUGUAAUUGUUUAGUCUGAUGAAUAUAUGUUUUUCUUCUCCUUGGACAUGAACCUUUUUAUCGCGUGAUUUUAUCAGGGACAUGAUUAUUCUUUUUUCUUUCAAUUGACACUAGAUGUAUACUCCAUUUAUGGAUAUGCUGUUAAAUCUUAAGGUACAUUCUUUCUUGUACACAGAUGAUUUUGUUGUAGUUCAUGUUGUAUCCGACACAGGGCUGAGUGACUAGUUCAUUUUAAAUCCAACAGAGCUGUAACGUUUUAUGAUGC